UGAGGUGAAGUCCCGAAAGCCAGUGGCUGGGGAAGCGGCUCCAAAAAGCACAAGUUGGAGCUGGCUGCGGACCAGGCUGUUGUUGUUCUCAACGUGGUCCGCCGCAGAGCCAUAAAAGGGAAGCAAGGCGCCCUCUUUCUCUGUUUCUCUCGCUGCGCUCAGCGUGCAAGAGAGCUCUGGUGGGAGUAGUGUUAUCAGCGGCAGCUGCUCCCUUGGGCAGCUUCUCUGCUCCGGCCCGGUCCGGCCCCGGUCCGGUUUCUUCCUCAGGCUUCGGCUCAGGCCCAGCCCCCUCCUCAGCCCUGCCGCCAGGCUCCAGGCCCGGCCGCGGCCGCUCCCGCCUGGAGCCGCCGCGCGCCCCCAGCCCCCCGGCCUCCCCUCGGCCUCUCGCUUUCCUCUUCCCGGCGCGGCCACCGGGCUUCUGCUUCCGGCCUGCCACCAAUCCGCUGGCCACUAUGUCUGUGGAGCUCGAAGAGGCCCUGCCGCUGACGACCACCGAGGGGACAGCCAAGAAGGCAGCUAGGGUUAGCAGCUCGGCGGCGCUGUCCCCCUCCAAGAAGAGGAAGAACAAGAAGAAAAACCAGCCGGGCAAGUAUAGUCAGCUGGUGGUGGAGACCAUUCGCAGGCUGGGCGAGCGCAAUGGCUCCUCGCUGGCGAAGAUCUACACUGAGGCCAAGAAGGUGGCGUGGUUCGACCAACAGAAUGGGCGCACCUACCUGAAGUACUCCAUCAAAGCACUGGUGCAGAACGACACGCUCCUGCAGGUGAAGGGCACCGGCGCCAACGGCUCCUUUAAGCUCAACCGCAAGAAGGUUGAAGGCGGCGGCGAGCGGCGCGGAGCCUCGGCGGCCACCGCGGUCUUAACCACAGUCGUGCACAAGGGCAAGAAGGCGGCCCCGAGCGCGGUGGGUCCCCGGCACUCGGACCAGAAGCCUGAGAAGAAUUCGCACAAGAAGGGCGCCGCCUCUAAGAAGCACAAAGGCGGCAAGGCGAAGAAGGCUGCGGCAGCUGGGGGCAAAGUGAAGAAGGCCGCAAAGCCCAGCGUCCCUAAAGUACCAAAAGGCCGCAAGUGAGCGCACAGAUCUGCUGAUUGGGCGGGUGUUUGGUUUUUGUACCCCAAGUAUAUGUAGUUUUAUACGGUUACCCUGGCCUGGGCCGCCGCGCCUCCUCUGAGCGCAGCAAGGGGCCCAGGGCCCCUUCUUUUGUCCCAUCCCCCGCCCGCCGUGGUAGUAUUUUUUGUUGUUGUUGUUUUUGUGUUUGCUUCAGAUUUUGAAAUGGCCAUGAUGACGCCCCCAUUGGCUCUUCGCCCUUGGCCACGGCUGUCGCUAUGGUUACCCGCCCUUAGGCGCCAGCGGCCGAAGCCACUGUGCCUCCCUUUCCCGGCUCCCCACUCGCCAGCCUUUGCGUGCGCGACAAACAAUCGCGCGCUACUGCGUGGGUUUUCCCUUAAUUUCGUUGGCCUUUGUGGGGCACAAUAAAUUGUUCAAACCUUUGAA